GGAGGAUAUGCGACCGCGGGGCUUUUUUUGAGCUCUUGUUUAGACUCUGUCACCUCCGACUAGAAGAUCACCGAUUUAUGUGUGUUAAGAGAUGACUUUUUCCAGCCGCUCCACGGUUCGGGUUUAGAUGGAUCUACAUAUGUGGUGAGCAAACGCGCUUUUAAGCCACAGAAAUCCAGGAAUUAUCCACGUCCUUUCAGGCUCCGGAACGCUCGGAAACAUGUGAAGGUGUCCACGCGCCAGGAUUUCAGGCCGAGCUGGAGGGAGAGAGACCUGGCAGAAGGACAUGACAGACCUGGACACUGACUGACGGCUGCCCGGCUCACAGAAGACUGGAGGACCGGUUGAUCCAGACGACGCAACAUGAAGGAAAAGUCUAAAAAUGCGGCCCGGACUCGUCGGGAAAAGGAAAACAGCGAAUUUUAUGAACUGGCCAAGAUGCUGCCGCUCCCCUCCGCCAUCACCUCCCAGCUGGAUAAAGCCUCAAUCAUCCGGCUGACAACCAGCUACCUGAGGAUGAGGGUGGUGUUUCCUGAAGGCCUUGGAGAGUCCUGGGGUCACGUGAGCCGCAGCAGCUCUCUGGACGGAGUCAGCCAGGAAUUAGGCUCCCAUCUCUUACAGACAUUAGAUGGCUUCAUCUUUGUAGUCGCACCGGAUGGAAAAAUAAUGUACAUCUCAGAAACAGCGUCAGUCCACCUGGGUCUGUCGCAGGUAGAGCUGACGGGAAACAGCAUUUAUGAGUACAUCCAUCCAGCAGACCACGAUGAGAUGACGGCCGUCCUCACAGCGCACCAGCCUUACCACUCACACUUCGUGCAAGAAUAUGAGAUGGAGCGCUCCUUCUUCCUCAGAAUGAAAUGUGUCCUCGCUAAAAGAAACGCUGGUCUCACCUGUGGAGGCUACAAGGUGAUCCACUGUAGCGGCUACCUGAAGAUCCGCCAGUACAGCCUGGACAUGUCUCCGUUUGAUGGCUGCUAUCAAAACAUCGGGCUGGUGGCGGUCGGCCACUCGUUGCCCCCCAGCGCCGUCACGGAAAUCAAACUGCACAGCAACAUGUUCAUGUUCAGAGCCAGUCUGGACAUGAAGCUCAUCUUCCUCGACUCACGGGUUGCAGAGCUGACAGGCUACGAGCCUCAGGACCUAAUAGAGAAGACCCUCUAUCAUCACGUCCACAGCUGUGACUGCUUCCACCUGCGCUGUGCACAUCAUUUAUUGCUGGUGAAGGGUCAGGUUACCACAAAGUACUACCGUUUCCUGGCUAAGCAUGGCGGCUGGGUCUGGAUUCAGAGCUAUGCAACCAUUGUGCACAACAGCCGCUCGUCCCGACCUCACUGCAUUGUCAGCGUCAACUACGUCCUCACGGAGACAGAAUACAAAGGCCUCCAGCUUUCUCUGGACCAGACCACAUCUAAGGCCUCCUUCCCCCACAUCAGCAGCAGCACCGCCAGCAGCCUCAUGGAGAGCUGCAAAACCCCCAAGAGCAGAGCAUCCCGACCCAAGACCAAAGCUAGAAUCUCACCAUACACACAGUAUUCCAACUUCCACACGGAGCGAUCAGAGUCAGACCAGGACAGUCCGUGGGGCAGCAGUCCUCUCACAGACUCCGCCUCCCCUCAGCUGGAGCACAGCGAAGGCCUGGAUGCCUCCUACAGCUACCGGCCUUACUCUGAUCCUCGCACCCUCUGCUACAGCCUGUCUGAAGAGCAGCACCAUGCCUCUGGUAACAACAUCCACUUCCACGCUCACGGUCAAGGCCAGAGCUGUGAGCGGGGUCGAUGUGAAGCUGGCAGGUAUUUUCUAGGAGCUCCUCCACCCGGCAGGGACACAUGGUGGAGCUCCGCCCGGUCCUUCCUACCGCUGAGCAAGAGCUCUCCGCAGAACCACGAGGAAUUUGAUGGCAGCACACCACGCAUCACAACCAUCCACAACUACCACGGCCGAGGACACUGGGAUGAGGACAGCGUGGUCAGCUCUCCUGAUGGAGGCUCAGCAAGCGACUCGGGGGAUCGGUACCGAGCGGACCGCUACCCCUGCAGCCCAGAGGAGCCCAGUAAGAUCGAGACUCUGAUCCAAGCCACGCAGCAGAUGAUCAAGGAGGAGGAAAGUCGGCUGCAGCUACACAAGGGCCCCGAGGACUCCCCAUCAGGCUUCACCAACGGACUGCCAAAGGGCCCCUUCCCAUGCUUCUCUCCAGAAUACAGCCAAGGCCCCCUGCCACUGCAGACUGUGGUCUGUCGAGGUUUCAGUCAGGUGAUCAGCCAGGCUCCAAGCCCCGCCCCCCUGUCCAGGCUCAGCAGCCCCAGUUCUGAGCGUAAACCCAAAGACUACCUACAGACCGACCUGUCAUCGCUCUCUUUACAGUUUCACCACCCUUUCGGUCGGCCGGGUGCAUGCUCGGCUUCCCCCACACCGGCUCCUGCCCUCUACCCCUCCCAUGGCCACCCGCGGCCCUACUUGGACAAGCAUGCGACGUACUCCCUGACAGGCUACACCCUGGAGCACCUCUACGACCCAGACAGCCUGCGGGGGUACUGCACCUCUGCCAGCUCCGGCCCCGCCCACUACGAUCACUUCCGUGCACCAGCAGAGCAGAACCCGGGACACAAAGGAACCUCCGUCAUUAUCACCAACAGCAGCUAACAUCAGCACUGCUGCAGGUUGGUUUUGAACGUCCCAGGCUUCCUGCGGAGGGAGGAUGCUGUUCUGGUUAGACUGGAUUGAAGUGAUGGGAAAGGCAAAAACCAAGGCUAGAGUUGGGUUCCGGUCUGUGUCCGGCUGAUCUUUGGAGCAUUUUGCACUAGGAAAGAUGGCGUUCGGUCAGCUGAGGGGACGCGGCGGCGUGCAGCGAUGCAGGAUGAAAACUACAGCACAGGAAGCGUGUGCCAUUUUUAAACCUCAGACUAAUAUGCAAAAACAUUCUCUACAUCCUGAAGGGAAAUAAGGAAAUGAGCAGAUUCAUGACUGUCACUGCAAAUAAUAAGCAUCCACUGGGAUCACUGGGAUGUGUGGAAACUGACUGGACUGACAUAUUUAACUGGGUGUGGGAGUGAAAAUGCUCAUUUGCAAACAGGAAGUGUGUUUUCCAUCCUGAUGUCGACCAUAUGCAAUCUGAUGGGCAGCUUAAUUCACCAUAAUAGAUCCUUCAAACAGCGAACAAAUGUUUGUACGACAGGAUUCAAGGUUUUUCUUGGAUUUCCCCCUUUACGUCCCCCACAGUUCUCAAAUGAACUUAUAUUUAUACAAGUUAUUUUUAAUUAUUGUUUUAUCAAAGCCUAAAAUGUGUUUCAUUUCUUAAAGUUAUUUAUGUUUUACUGUGAAUAUGGUCCAAAAAGAAGAUCCAUCCACAUGUAAGCACACAGGUUCAAAAAAAGAGUUAAAAAAAAGUAUUUAUUGAGUAAAUGUUGGGUUUGGAAUAAUGAGUUUGAAAUAGCUGCAAUCAA